AAAUUCUACAUGCAUUUUUAUUAUAAGAUAAUAAACACAUCUGACCGCUCCGAUUCUUUUUCAUCAUUGCCCGCUAACUCACGGGUUUUAUUUCCCUGGGCCAAUUGCCAAAGGAAACGUCUGCAGAAACGUUUGGUCCCUCCUUGCUCUCGAAAAUGCGGGAGUUCUUGUGCGCCGCCGCCGCCUUGCCUGCAACUGCAAAGCCGAAAAGAAUCGCGUGUUAAGAAGAUUGUUGCUUGGUUCGGUAACUUUAUUUUCCGCGUUGCUCGACUGCGCUUCCCCUCUGAGCCCGUGGCGCGGAGACUUGGACGUUAUCAGCGCGCAUCUCAAAUCUUAUCUUUAGUAAAACUCCAGUCAGCCCUUAAUGUUUCUGUGAGCUGUCGAAUUGGACUGGAUCCCCGUUUUAAAACAGAGCCGAAGUAGACGCUGGCUUGGCCUUGAAAUAUGGACAGGGGCUUUUUCCCACGAAGACCGAGGUUCCCUAGAAGAUGCCAUGAUCAGUGGUUUUACCAGAAUUAUAUGCCAAAUGAAAACUAUUGGAUGGAUGCUUGGGACAUGCCACAGAAUCAGUUUCCAGAGGGAGCCCCUCCAUGGUGGAACCAACACCAUCCGGAGCAAGAGGGGCCCUACAAUGUGGAUUUUGAUAAUUACACCCAAAGUUCCUACCCUAGGCGUCCUUACCGUGGUCAUCCUUAUAGAAGAUUUAAAAAGACCUCAUCAAAAGGAAGAGGUAAUUUUCAAAACCCAUCAAGUUCUCGCUUAAACAAUGUGCAGCCAAAGAAAACAUUUGCGAAAGUGAAAAAACAGGCAGAAGAUUCCAAGAAAUUUAAACAGGACAAGGAAAAUACUGCAACUUCAGUGAAAAAAGAUGUCCCAUCCAAGGUCAAACCAAAAGAUAGUCAGCCUGAUGAAGAGUCCCCUAGACAGACUGACUCUGUUGCAUCUCCUGAAGCUGUUGCAGAAGAAGAAUCACCAUCUGGAAUUAAAAAAAACAACCCUCACACCCAGAAUGAAGAUAUUGUAUUGGAUAAACUAAAAGAUUGUGACGCCACUGAAGAUCUUCUCAGUCAGAUCGUCUCUAUUUUGUCUCCUGGAGUAUCCACAGAAGAUAAAACAUCUUGUAAUACAGACGUCCUUCAAAACAUUGAGGAGAAAGAUUCUGUAUUGACUGAAACUUCAGCCAAGCAGAAUGAUACAGACCACUGUCAAGCUUGUGUUGCUCCAGCUCUUGAUUCUUCCAGCCUUCCAAGUAGCCCCAUUGAUGUUCACUGUAAGCCUGUGCUAGUCACAGAAAAAGAUAAUGAAUUGAUUGAAACUUCAGCCAAGCAGACUGAUAUAGAUGACUCUCAAGCUUAUGCUGUUGCUCCAGCUCUUGAUUCUUCCAGCCUUCCAAGUACCCCCAUUGAUGUUCACUGUGAGCCUGUGCUAGUGAGAGGAAAUGAUAUUGGACUGAUUGAAACUUCAGCCAAGCAGACUGAUACAGAUGUCUCUCUAGCUUAUGUUGUUGCUCCAGUUCUUGAAUCUUUCAGCCUUCCAAGUACCCACAAUGAUACUCACUGUGAACCUGUGCUAGUGCGAGAAAAAGAUAAUGGAUUGACUGAAACCGCAACAAAGCAGAAUGAUACAGGUGACUCGCAAACUUACGCUGUUGCUCCAGCUCUUGAAUCUUUCAACCUUCCAAGUACUCCCAUUGAUGUUCACUGUGAGCCUGUGGUAGUCACAGAAAAAGAUAAUGAACUGACUGAAACUUCAGCCAAGCAGACUGAUACAGGUGACUCUCAAGCUUAUGCUGUUGCUCCAGCUCUUGAUUCUUCCAGCCUUCCAAGUACCCCCAUUGAUGUUCACUGUGGGCUUGUGCUAGUCAUAGAAAAAGAUAAUGAAUUGACUGAAACUUCAACCAAGGAGAAUGAUACAGAUGACUCUCAAGCUAAUGUUGUUACCCCAGCUCUUGAUUCUUCCAGCCUUCCAAGUACCCUCAAGGAUAUUCGCUCUGUACCUGUGCUAAUGAGAAGAAAAGUUAUUGGAUUGGCUGAAAACCAUAGAGCAUGGGCGCCUGAAGAUUAUCAGGAGCCACCCUGGAAUAUGAACCAAACUGACCAGUAUCUCAAAGUGUCUGAACGUUACAAAGACUCGGUCUCUACUUCUAUUUCUUCUAAUGAAAAACAUAAUAUUGAAAGCCUGGCAAAAUCCAAGUCUAGUUCUCCAAAGAUUCAUCACAGCAUCAAUUCCAAGCAUUCCAGUACAAAUAAGACCUCAAGAGACUUACGUUGCCAAAGUCCAAGAUCCUGUGCCAGGCAAGAGCGUAGCUCAAGAUCUUCUGGCAAGCGAGACCCGUCAACAGAAAGACAGGAUAGAAGUUCAAAAUUAUCCUAUAGGCGAGAACAUAGUUCAGGAUCGUCCCACAAACAAGAAGACUCUCCUCAAAGAGAUAAGCAUAGAUCAAAAUCUCCUUACAGACAAGAACAGUCUUCUCAGAAACGGGGAUGUAGCCCAAAAACCUCUCUCGUGCAAGAACAUGGUGUGAAGUCAGUACGCAAGCGAAAGCAUAGUUCAAAUUCUCCUCCAAAAAAGAAACAAAAGUCAAAAUCUCAGAAGCUGGAUAGAAAUAAGAAAUGUCUAUGGCAUGCCAUACCACCUUUCUCCCAAGAGGUCUAUUGUGGUAAGAGAAUAUGGUUUUAUUCUGCUGACCAUGCUAGAUGAGGGUGAGGAGAAACUUGUAAAUUAUAUCAUACCAGAAGAGAUGAUGCAAAGAUGAAAGUGUAUUCCCAUUUCUUCCGUUACGAUAAAUUGAAAUUUAGUCUGUCUUCUUUAGGAAUUCAUAUAGAGAUUAUAUUAAUUUUUGGGUAUCCAGCCCAGUUUUUCUCAUUUUCUUCUCUCUUGCAAGAGGCAAAGUUGGUAGGAGACUCUGGUGUAGGAGAAAGCUACUAGGCUGCAAUUAAUAUUUCACUAUCUAUCAAAGAGUCUAUAUUCAUGAAUCUCCUGGAAAUGUAUUUGAUAACAAUCACAUUGUUUAUAUUUUGAUUUGUCUGUUGACAUUUGAGUUCUGUUACCAAUUUUCAUGUGUCUGCUGUAUGAUUAGUAAUACAUUUAAUAUGAAGUAUGCAUAUAUUUUUUUCCUACAUUCAUUCCUUAUGUUUGUAAAUUGUUAUUCAUUUACCCUUCCAGGAAAUUAUCUCACCAUAAAAAAUCAUUCUGGGAAACUGAAUAUUUAAUUAUCCAUUAUGUACUGGAUAAUUAGUAUAAACAUUAGGCUUAGUAUUGUUAUAGUUUGCUGUUAUUAACUAAACAUAUCUCCCAGUGGAAUCACCUGUGUCCCAGAAGUCUUUAGACUGCAUUGUUGCAACUAUAGUUUGUUUGGUUAACAAACAGGGCAGAAUGAUCCUGCUGUGCAGCUGUAGGAUUUGUACAGUAUCUGUACUGUAUAAGUGCUGUUUAAUCUGCCGGUGGCAAUUGGUUCCUUUCAACCACUUGCUACAAAUGUCUAUUCAUUCUUCACUCACAUAUUAAGACAAUUACAUGACCCCAAAGUGUAUAUAGUCCGUCUUUCUUCACAUAUUCCUUACACUUGUAUGAAAAUAAUUAGGUUAAAUUGGUCGUUUCAGUAAAUCUGUAGGUGAACAUAUGCUGACUUAAUUUCCAUAUGAUACAUAGUUAACAUCAUAUUUUCCUGCUAAUCUACAGGCAAACUUGCAAUUUAUGUGCAGUUGUUUAGAAAAGAGAACAUGUAGGUGCAAAAAUCUGAACACCUUUAUAACAUCUUUUUGGGGAGAAGUAUUACAUUCUAAACAUUUCUUAUCAGCAGUUAAGUGUCUUUUUAUUCUUCUGUGUAUCCCUUCCAAACUGCUAAAUACUGUAAAGUACCAUGACGACAACGGGAAUCUAUUAUCUGUUCGAUUUCAUAAUGGCGUUCACCUGCACUGGAGACGGUGGUGUUGGAAGAUUACGUAGCCCAGUGGUGGUCACCAGUUUGAGUAAACUGCUGUGAAACACUGGGUGGGUUUUCCCCAACCAGGGAGGCAGCUUUAGUUCUACCGUGACUGGAUGGCUAGAUGGAAGUGAGGGAUAGGCUGGGAAUGGGGCCAUGAUGUAUUCUUGCUACUUGACCGGCCAUCCCCUCUGUUCUCUUGAUAACAAGAACCGCUGUCACGGAAGCUGGCCUCCCCAAACCACUCCCUCAGACAAUCCAUCAUCUGGCUACCCAAGUCAGUGGAGUAGCUCCAAUCCCCCUCUUCAUCUUCAGUCACCUUCCUUUCUACUGAGUGAGGUGAUCCCCCUGGGGUGAAGGCACAUGUAGUUCUGAGCUGGUUGUUAACCCCGUAUGCUUCCACCACUCAUUCACUGGCACCACCGGUUGAGAUGUAGGAAUAGCCCCAGUGGCAGAGGCCUGGUUUACCACGGGCCUCUCCUUACAUCUUACAGCUACCUCUGUUUCCUCCUCCUGUGUUGUAACAACCAAAACAGUGGCCUUGGGUAGGACCACUGCUGCUGCCUCGGCUCCUUCAGACAUCAUUCAGACCAAACAGGAACUAUGUGAAGUGAAGUAUUGAUGGUAGAGAACUGACUUUCUGUCACGUUCCGGCGUUCACGUUGAAUGCAAACAGAGAAUCAGUUUGUUUGGUGAAAAUUUUUAUCUCUAUCUAAUAUUACAUGAUAAUCAGCAUUAAAUGACAAUGGUGCAAAGGUAAGUAAAUCCAAGUCAGUUCUAACCAAGUUAACACCAUCACUCAUAUAUAUACCGUUACCCCACCCAGCUCCACCCACAA